CCUAUGCGACCGAAGCCGCGGACGCCGUGCUAGCGAAAAGAAUGCUUGGAAAUAAAUUCUUAAUCUCGGACCAACAAAAUGGCGAGUCUGAGUAGAGAAUGUCGUACAGGCUCGAGAUAAGAUGUGGACCUGGAGGUUGUGUGAGGAUGCGCGGUCGCGGAUGAUUUUAACUGGAGAGGUGUGGCGGUGCAGGGCGGGCGCAGCGUGGGAGUAUGAUAUGUUGUAUAUGGUAUAUUGUAUAUGGUAUAUUGUAUAUGGUAUGCUAGAAACGCCUAAAUCAUGAUCGAUGUGAUCCCCGUGAAUCCCCGGUCUUUCUC